GUAGCCCACAUAGACACGUGCAAAGAAACGUGUGUGCAGCCUGCGGCACCAUGGACAUCAGCAAGGUAGAUAGGGUGGGCACCUGGGGAAGGCAAUGUGUUCACUCCAGAUUCUCCAGGUGGGACCCCGCCCUUCCAGCCCGCAGCCUCCACCCGGCCCUGGUCCAACAUCUGGAACCUCCGACCCGCCAUCCCUGGCCCCGCCGUCGUCGUCAACUUUCCCGCAAAGCCGCAACUUUUGCGGCUGCCGCGGGCUCCGCCCUCGCGGGGCCCAGCAGCUAGCGGCCAGCGCGCGGCGUGGCACUGCGGUGGCCCUCGGGAGCGCCCGGCGACCGGUCCCCGGCUCCGGCAGCGCGGGCCGUGCCCUCGCCCCCGCCGCCCCGCUGCAGCCCGACUCUGGAAGAAGCGCGGACACUCACCUCCGGAGGACGCCCUCUUCAUCUUCGGGGUCGAGCGGGGCGCGUCGGGCACUGGAAGCGGCUUCGGGGCGGGCGCCCGUCUGCGCGCGGCCGGGUCCGCAUCCAGGCGCCGCCGCUCCGGCCAGGUCCCGGCCCGGCCGCGGGACGAGGCUCGGGCGCUCCGCUCUACCGGGCCGGGCUGGGCUCGCGAGCUACGGGCGCGCAGGGCGAGGGCGGCGGCGUGGACUGGCGGGGAGCUCGCAGCACGGGCCGGGAGAGGAUGAAUGUUUUAUGGGAUCAUGUGGUUUGACGCGCGGAAUCCGCCCGGUCUCCCCGCCGGCCCGGGCGGGGCGGGGCCGGGGCGGGGCCUGGCGCCGGGCGGGGCGCUCACCUGGGCGCGCGGCGCGGGCGCGAACCGGUGGGUACCGGGUGCAGGACCAGCCGGCGGGCGGCGGGAGGGGAGAUGAGGGUGCCUGGCGCGCAGUCCAGGUGGCAGGAGGCGCUCAGCCACCCGGUGCACGGGCCACGCGCGGCCCCAGACAAAGGCGGCGCAUUCCUGAAGAGGCGGCGGCCCCUGCAGGCGACCGCAGGCACCGCGUCCCGGAACGGGCCGUGGGCGCGGGCUCGAGGGCGUGGCGGCCCAGCCUGGCCGAGUCCCGAAGGGAGUGCUGGGCAUCGGAGAGGCGCAGCAGGCCUUUGCGUGGCCCGCUUCCUGCUUGCCCCUUAAAUCCCUUUGCUUGAGAACUGAGUAAGAAAACUGAGAGACAGGCUUAACAGUGUAGUGAUGCUCCCCUCCCCGGUGGUGAAGCCCUCUAUACCCCACCCCCCACCCCUGUCCCAGGAGGGCACUCUGGCCUUGUCUUCCCCUGCUUCUGCACAGGUUCCCAUCUCUUUCCUUUUUGCGAUGGAGAUUAUAGAGUCCGAAGACUCCUUUGAACCCACCCUCCACCAAGCCAGACUAAUAGAAGUCAACACACACACACACACACACACACACACACACACACACACACACACACGUCUCAUCUCCCACUCCUGCUUGGGUGCUCCACCUGGAGUUCCUAAGUGCAUUCUGGAAAACUUCAGCUGGCUGCCAGGCCAUUGUGUGUGUCUCUCCGGCACAUGAGCCAGCCAGGGAGCUGGGUAGGGCUCAUGGUCUGCCUGCCUCACUAGGGAAAGCCAACAUCAAGUAGGCAUGGCAUAGCUUGGAGACCGCUGAAGUGGCUGCAAUGGCCUGGCCCUCUGACCAGACGUGGAGGUUACACUACUCAGGCCUUCCCUGGCUGGUGUACUGUGUCCCCAACCACACCUUUGCCUGCCUUGACCCAGUCUUGGAUUUUCAGGUCACUGGAAAGUGGAUUCAGUUUCCAGGCACCUGGGAGGUGAGGUGGACCCAGAAUGGGCAUUCACAGGCACUUCUCCAUUGCAUACUGGUCACUGAGUGCCAUCAGGUUGGCCCCUGAAGUGGCUGAAUUCUCAUCCCCCUCCGCACCACAUGGGAAGUUUGUCACUCAAGGACAGAUGAAUAACCCAAGGCCAACCUCAGAGAGCCAGCAGAAGGCCAUGGCCUAUCAUCUAGGCCAACACCUUUCUUCCGGCAUCCUUGAAUAUAGCAGUGUCCAAACCAGAAACUGAGCUCUCCUCAAAGACUACCUCAGGCCGUGUGACAUGGCUGAAAAUCUGAGGACAAAGCUUGAGUCCUGGGCUACAAUCUUGGCACUAAGGUUUGGAGAAGGCAUUUCUCUGCUGACUGCCCACUGGAGAGGUAGAGAUUGCGACCCCCUCCUUCCAUUGGUAGGGCCUGGGAUAGGUGUGGGAGAGGAAGGAGAGCCAUUGCAACCACGGAGGCUUCUAGAACCACAAGUCUCUCUAAUCAAAGCUGUUUGCUCUGGGCUGGGGCCUGGACACCCCUGCCUGCUCACCCCUGCCUGCUCACCCCUGCCUGCUCACAGGUCUGUGUGGUGGGAGCAGGGCCAAGAUUUGUAGUGUGAACUGGGUAUCCAUAGUCUAUAGGCAUGUUUCUGUGGUCUGCAUACCCAUUCUGGUCAGGACUUUGGUGCUCCUCUCAGAGGCUGAGUCUGUUGGAUACCUGGAUGCCGGCUAAGGUGUAGGCCAGCUCUGAAGGGGAUCUACUAUGGAGCAAAGUGAGCUGGGUGCUGACCAGUCUGCCUCCAGGAGGACAUUGCUCUCUUCUGAGACAGGGGAUGUGGGAGGUUUAGAGAGGCAUAUUUAUCAGGGUGUGGGCAGUUACUGGGCAAUUCAAGGAACAGAUCCCUUUGCCAGUGGGCAGGCACUGCACCCUCACACCCAGGGCCCCAAGGAUGAGGGAGAGCAGCUGGAAGCUAGUGAUGGGCUGGUGGAGGGCUUAGUAGGAGCUGAAGUCUGGUUAAGAAACAUGGACAGCCUUAGUUGACCCCUGGAGAAGAGUCAGAGGUCCAGUUGGAGAAGCUGGGCCACUUAUUGUCCUGUUGAUGAGGUCUACAAGGAUUGAUUUCUGGGAAGCUCCAUUUGGGCUGGAAGGUGUGAACUCUCCCAGCCUCGUGCUCUUGUGGCUUGGGGAUCGGAAGAGGAUGUGGAGUCUGCAGACAGCUCUCUCCAAAGCCUUGGAUAUAUCAGUCAUUCCCUACCUGGGCUGGACUUGCAGGGCCAGACUGGAGGUCUGUCUGGAUUGCCUCCUCACCCCUAGGGUUAGCUUCCCCCAGCACUGCCUCCUACAGUGAGACCCUGCACUAUUGGUGAAAUUAAGGCCACUCCA